CAAUCCGCGCCGCCGAAGCGUGUGCCCACCUCUCACCUUCAUCAUCACCAUCAUCGUCCUCAUCCUCACAGUCAGAGCCAGACACCAACCGAACAAGACACUGUCAGACAGACUUCAUAUAGGAAGAGAGAGACAGAGAGAGAGAGAGAGAGAGAGAGAGAGAGACAGAGAGAGAGAGAGAGAGAGCUUCAGCAUUUUUUCCCCUUCAGAAAGGAGUGAUCAACUAGUGGAUCCGGACAGCUUUUCCAGGUCCAUGCUUGGAUGUUAUAUCUUUUUAUCUCAGCUUUGAGUUUCAUCACUGCAACCGGACACUUCCACUUGUCAAGACAGUCCAACCGCGUCGGUAUCAGAGCACAUAGAUACAUGGGGAUCAUCGCAGCAUUGCCCGGAAGAUGUGUAUCACUGCUCCGCGGCUGAGAUCUGUGUCGCCUGCGCUCGCCGUGGGAUCAGAGACCUCGGUUCAUGUCCAAGUGUCAUUCCCGGUGGACUGAGAUGGCUUUCUGCGCUGUGCUGCGACAGACACGGAGACCGCGGCAGGAGAAUCGGACACAUGUCGUUUUAAUUACAACAUAUUGCUUUUUAUGUAUAUUACCAGUGAAGGAACUUUGCGCGUUCCCAUCGUCGCUGAGCGACUGUCAAACACCCACCGGGUGGAACUGCUCCGGGUUUGAGGAGCAGGACACUGAUCUUUUCCUGUGUGACACCAACACGUGCAAGUUUGAUGGCGAGUGUCUGCGAAUCGGGGACACGGUGACGUGCAUCUGUGAUUUUAAGUGCAGCAGUGACUAUGCUCCAGUGUGCGGAUCUAACGGCGAGAGCUAUGAGAACCAUUGUCUCCUGCGCAAAGAUGCCUGUAAAUUGCAGAUAGAGGUGCUGGUGGCGUCAGAGGGAGCCUGUCCUGUCGGUACGUCCCUGUGUCGUAGAGAUGCUGGCUCUGGAUCCGGGGAUGAUGUUAACGAGGGUUCAGCAGAGAUCAGUCAGAAGGAGACUUCAACGUGCGACAUUUGUCAGUUUGGGGCAGAGUGCGACGAGGACUCUGAGGACGUGUGGUGUGUGUGCAACAUCGAUUGCUCCCACAUCAGUUUUAAUCCAGUCUGUGCAUCAGACGGCCGUUCCUAUGACAACCCCUGCCAGGUGAAAGAGGUGUCAUGUCAGAAGCAGGAGAGGAUUGAGGUCAAAUACCUCGGACAUUGUAAGGAGGAGAGAGACCAGGUGAGCGAGGUACCGUGGGGUCUUUACAUCCCGUGUCCAGAGCGUUACAAGAACUACUGUGUCCAUGGAGAGUGCGAGUAUCCUAGCAACCUCUCGCCCCCCACCUGCAGUUGUCAUUCGGGCUUCAUUGGGCCGCAGUGUGACAGGAAGGACUAUAACGUGAUGUACGUGGUACCUGGUUCGGUAAAGCUGCGCUACGUCCUGAUCGCAUCCAUCAUUGGGGCUCUGCAGGUGGCCAUUAUCUGCCUCGUAGUGCUUUGCAUCACACGGUGUCCACGUGAGAAUCGGAUAGCACGGCAGAAACAAAACGUUCCACACUUCAACUCGGCAAACACCCUGCGGGCCUCCACCAGACUCAUCUGACGAACCCUUAAACUUAGAGUGACAUGUGCUAACGACAGCAGAGAAAAAGGCCCCAGGGAAUUGUGGGACUACACACCCCUCCAGACAGGUGUUGUUGGUGUGUGUAAAAACUGAGGCGGGACUCCUGGCAGUGUGCAAACCAUUUCGUCCCUGGAUUCCCCUUAGGACGCAAGCAGGGGACAGCCUCGCGGGACGGGCCUGCAGUGGUUUUUCCACCUGGCCUGCAGGCUGGAGUCAGACUCAGUGGGAAAAAAACAGGCUGUCUUCUUCAUCAGAGUAUACAGCCAAAAAACAGCCAUUCCCUGGGGUUGCAACAAUCUGGAAAAGAGAAGUGCUUGUGGAGGGAUGGGUGAAUGGAUGGAUGGAUGGAUGAAUGGAUGAUGGAUGUAUGACUGGAGAGGUGUGCCACAUGUUGCCUUGUAUUUGUUGUCAAUGACACCAUCGAAGAAAUGAGCUCUCCAGGGCACUCUUUGUAAUGUAUUAUAUAUUUCCAAUAGGUUAACAUACUUGUGAUGUUUUUUCUGUUUUUAUUUGCUGUAAUGUAAAUAAAUAAUUUAUAUCAUGUGAA